AUGCUACGUCUAUUGAGAGCAGACAAAUUCUCUGCUCUGUGCUGUAAAGAUGGUGCAGGACUUGGUUGGGGUGUUUCUUUAACUAUUCUCUGUAAAUUUGUUUGUAAUGUAACUCGCUUUCCCUAUAAACUUUACUAUUCUUUUUCCAUUGGUUUCGUUUUUGGCUAA